AAUGAUCGCCAUUUUUCGUUGUGACUUUAUAACUCAAGAACGGGCUCACCUAUCCAAACCAAAUUUUUAGGCUUUGUUUGGAAUAUUCAGUAGAUGGUUUGUGUUUUGAAAUUUUAAGAAUCGGAUACCAGGGUCUCGAGAAAUAGGCCAAAACGUGGACCCGGGUAACCCUAGGAUGUGUUUGUACAAUAUGGGUAGCAAAUAGAAGCUGUUGAUGAUUUUUAUAGUGUAGAGUAUUUUUGAUGCCGCUCCGUGACUAGGGUCUCGAGAUAUCAGCAAAAAUGUUUCAAAAAUUUCACCACACAUACAUAUGUUACAUUUUUUUUUAUUUAACUCGUACCUACUUGGAAAGCUGAAAAGCGCUCAAUGUAUGGUGAAAUUAUUUUUAAAAACACACCAAAAACCCAUUUGUUUGGUCAGAUUCUUCCCACUUAGCCAGCGGAUUAUACGUUUUCAUAUUAACAUACAUACAUCAAUAAUAGUUUAAUCAUUUACUAAACGAUUUGUUACCUUUUUAGCUACGCUCUUUCGCUCUCAAAAUUUAUGAACUUUCGUCUUAACUAGCAUACUUAUUAUUCCCACCUACAAACUUACUUGCAUUAUAUUUAUAUCAACAUGUAGGUAUGUAUGUAACAGGCAGAUCGACAAACAAAGUAGGCUUUGAAAAGACAUCAAAUUAGUUAUUGUAUUUUUUUUAAUAAUUAUUGAAGUUUGUGUGAAUUUGUGAAAAAAAUAAAUAUAGCGCAAAGCGAAUUUCCGAGCAAAAAACGGUAAGUUUUGAACUGUUGAAGUGAAUUACACGAAUCUAUGUGUUUCUUUAUUUGAAAAAACAUAGGGUGUACCACUAUUAAUGUAGGCAUUUUUUUUUAUUUAAUUUAUUCUUUUUUAAUUGAAAGAAAAAUGCCACGACCCACACGUGGAAAUAUAGGUCGGCGAACGCGUCAUGCAAAUGCUACGGCAUUACAAAGGCGAUCACAGACUCCAGAUGAACGAGCACAAGCUAAUGCAUCGCAGCGUGAACGUAAUGCACGAAAUAGAACUGUUGUACCUGAAAUUAUGCGUGCCGCUUUUAAUUACAACAGUCAGAUUAAUUACAGUAUGUACGGAUAUAUUGGAAUAAUGAACGCAAUAUGUCCACAUUGUGAUGCGGCUAAAUUUCCAGGUAAAACGCUCGGCAUGUGUUGUGCUAAUGGCAAAGUGAGAUUGCCACCAUUAGAAACACCACCCGAACCAUUGUCUUCAUUAAUUUUUGGGACUUCUGAAAAUUCGAAGCACUUUUUGAGACAUAUUCAACAAUACAAUUCGGUAUUUCAAAUGACUUCUUUUUCUGCUACUAACAUUAUUUGAGAUAAUUUUAUGCCGACGUUUAAGGUAAAUACUUAAACAGGAUUGUCCCAAUCAAUCUGAAUCAUAAAAGUAUUCUAUAGUUUUAAAAAUUAUUAUGCAACAUAUACCUAAAAUUGCAUACAUGUUGCAGAUUCAGGGCCAAAUUUAUCAUCAAGCUGGUUCGUUAUUGCCAUACCCCGACGCUGAUUAUCAAUUUUUGCAAAUUUAUUUUAUUGGUGAUGAAAAUCGUGAAUUGGAUCAACGUUGUGCAAUUUCUUUGAAUACAAGACGAGAAAUUAUUUGUGAGCUACAAAGGUUUUUCCAUCAGCAUAACGCAUAUGUGCAAUUGUUCAAAAUUGCUCUCGAUCGUAUGCCCUCUGAUCAUCACAAAAUCGUAAUAAGGGCUGAUAGAACACCUUUUGGAGAGCAUGAAAGGCGAUUCAAUGCACCGACAAUUGAUGAGGUUGCAAUUGUAAUUCGUGGUGAUCAGUUUCAAUCGCGUGAUAUUAUACUUCAUCGUAAAAAUGACCAAUUGCAACGUGUUUCGGAACUUCAUCGUAGUAACGAUGCAUUACAAUACCCAAUAUUGCAUUGGAAAGGUGACGAUGGCUAUAAUAUAAAUAUACCAAUGAUUGAUCCACGAACAGGUCUACAUGUACAAAAAAAGUUAGUUCCAUGAAUUUUUAUUCUUAUCGAUUGAUGGUUCGUCCACAAGAACAAAAUUAUAUCUUGAGAUGUCGUAAACUAUAUCAUCAGUACAUCGUUGAUAUGUACGUCAAAAUAGAAACAGAACGUCUUAAUUUUAUUCGUUUCAACCAUGCAAAAUUAAGGUCUGAACAAUAUAUUCAUUUGCAAGAUGCGAUAGCGAAUGAUGCUAAUAUUAAUGACAUCGGACGUUUAACUAUAUUGCCAUCUUCGUAUAUUGGUAGCCCACGGAAUAUGAACGAAUAUGCACAAGACGCAAUGUGUUAUGUAAGAAAAUACGGUCGACCGGAUCUGUUCAUUACAUUUACAUGUAAUCCGCAGUGGGAUGACAUCAAAAACAAUUUAUUUGCAGGACAGUCGACAACCGAUCGUCAUGACAUUACUGCGCGUGUUUUUCGGCAAAAAUGUAAAGCAAUUAUGGAUUUAAUUGCGAUAUUAUAUAUAUAUUUGGGGAGGUGCGUUGCCAUAUGUACUCCAUUGAAUGGCAGAAAAGGGGAUUGCCGCACGCACAUAUACUAAUUUGGCUGGUACAUAAAGUAACUCCGGAUCAAAUCGAUAACCUUAUAUCCGCUGAAAUUCCUAAUUACACUGCUGAUCCUGAGUUAUUUCAAGUUGUCGUUAAAAACAUGAUACAUGGACCGUGCGGUGAACUAAAUAUGAAUUCACCAUGUAUGAUUGAUGAAAAGUGUUCGAAACGAUACCCAAGGCAAUUUACUUCAGACACAAUAACGGGCAAUGACGGAUAUCCGUUGUAUCGACGUAGAUCACCUAAUGAUAAUGGCAAAACGGCAACCUUUAGAAUGCAUAACCAGGAAGUUGAAGUUGAUAAUCGUUGGGUGGCUCCGUAUUGUCCAUUAUUAUCGAAAAUAUUCAAUGCUCAUAUAAAUGUGGAAUAUUGCAAUUCUGUCAAAUCCAUUAAAUAUAUUUGCAAGUAUGUAAAUAAAGGGAGCGAUAUGGCUAUUUUCGGUGUUGCUGGUGAGAAUAGAAAUGAUGAAAUUGCUCAGUAUCAAAUGGGUCGCUAUAUUAGUAGCAAUGAAGCUGUCUGGAGGAUUAUAUCGUUUCCAAUGCACGAAAGACAUCCUGCGGUUGUUCACUUGGCUGUACAUCUUGAGAAUGGCCAACGUGUUUAUUUUAAUGUAGCAAAUUUAUUGGAAAGAGCAGCGCAACCACCAGCAACUACGUUAACAGCUUUUUUCAAAUUAUGCGAAACUGAUACAUUUGCGAUAACUUUGUUAUAUUCUGAAGUGCCCCAGUUUACACAUGGAAUGUGUCUUCGAAAAAACUUCAAAGACGUAAACAAGAAACAGCUAUUCAUGGGCAUCCUGGCAUUUUCCAAACAGAUGCAAUUGGCAGAAUAUAUACAGUACAUCCAAACAAUGUUGAGUGUUUUUAUUUGAGAUUGUUAUUAGUUAACGUGAAUGGCCCAAAAUAAUUUCAAGAAUUGAGAACAGUCAACGGUCAUUUGUGUGAAACAUACCGUGAAGCAUGCCAACUUUUGCAUUUGUUGGAGGAUGAUGCUCAUUGGGAUUCAACACUUCAUGAUGCAUCUAUUUCGUCUUAUCCUCAACAAAUACGAAUGCUGUUUGCCGUUAUAUUAUCAACAUGUAUGCCAUCAAAUCCACUUGAAUUAUGGAACAGAUAUAAACAUAAUAUUGCAGAAGAUAUUUUAAUGCGUAUGCGUCAUCAAGCAAGAAAUCCUGAUUUGUUGAUAACUUCGGAAAUGUACAACGAAGCUUUGAUAAUAAUUGAAGAUAUGUGUCUACGGAUUGCAAAUAAAACAUUAGUACAAUUGGGUAUGACCGCACCAAAUCGUGACAUGCAUGAUCUGUUUGAUCGUGAAUUGCAACGUGAGCAGGAAUUCAAUUCUAAUGAUUUGCGUUUAUUUGUACAAU